UUGGAGCUGCCAUCCCAGUCAGUAGAACAAAUUGAAUCAAGCAAACAAGUUCAACCAACAGUCACAUAUCAUAACUAACCAAAAUGUCUUCGACACAACACGCUGAAUUCAACGAGGGCUUUUUACUAAAGCCCUCUAAGGUGGAUGAUCUUUACAAGUUCUUAGAUGAUAGCGCUAAGGCUAACAAAAUGGAGCAGAAGAAGGAGGAAAAGGACGAAGUUGAGUUGAGUGCGGAUGUCACGGAUACAAACUUUUUGGUCAUGAAUCGUUGUCCACCGUUUGCAAAGCCGAAGCUAAGCAGCAAGAAAAUCAACGUCAGGGCUAAUCUCAACCAGAUGACUUUUAUGCGUCAAAUCGACGUCACUCCGAAGCAACGUGAUGAGGCUCGUAUGGAGCGUAUACGCGUGGCAACCAAUUAUCGCAGACUGGGAAAUGUGGAGUUUAGAAAGCCUAACUACGACAAAGCUAUUGAAAUGUACAGCAAAGGUCUGCAGUAUAUACCCGAUACCACAGUCCUCUAUCUGAAUCGCGCUCUAUGCUUCAUCAAGAAACGUGAGUACAAACGGGCCAUAUUUGACUUGGACUACAUUCUAUACCACUUGGAUAAGCGUAACAUGCGGGCCUGGCUCUAUAAAGCCGGCACCCUUAAGCGCUUGAACAACGAUGCUGGCUAUAAGGAGUGCGCCGAUAAUGCACGCCGGUUCAACAGGGAACACGUGAAUUUUGUUGAUGUGUUUUUAGAAAAAAUGAGGUCGGAAUUCUGAUUAAUCAGAUUGCUUGAUUUAUACUGAAUGGAAAUAACAAAAAAAAAUAUUUUUUAUGUGAGCAUUUAUUUGUAUACGAAAUAUGAUUAACUUAAGGGUUACCUUCCAAG